AAGGGGUUGCUGAUGUCGUCUCAUUUCACGGCUCCGGGCUUCGCAUUUGCCGGCACGGCAGUGUUCGUGCGGGUCACAGCGCGGGUGGACGUACGUUAUGCGAGAGGCAGCUGGCAGGAUGGCCGAACUCGAGUUCGAGGCUCCGCUCGCGCAAAUCGAGGAAACCGACGACUGCCUCACCACCGCAGACUACCCCCAAAAAACCAUCAACGGCAAUGACAUACGCAUCAAUAAUAUUAACCAUCUCAAAAGUGAAAUCAUCAAAAUGAAAACCGACUCAAACAAACUAAACGAUAACGAUGAACCUAAAGUGGUGAAGUGCAAACAGGAUAAUAUGCAGAAUGGCGAAGGUGACAAUUUUACUGAAACUUUCUCUGGAUCGCUCGAGGAUUUGGUGAACACCUUCGAUGAGAAGAUCACCAAGUGCUUCGGGAACUACGAGGAGAGUGUAGAGAAACUUGCGCCGGUUCAAGUGCGCUCCCAGGAAGAGAUUAUGAACGAAUGCCAAAUGUGGUGGACGAUCACGGGCAACUUCGGCAACAUACUCCCAAUAGACUGGACCAAGUCGUUCUCAAGAAAAAUGCAUAUCCCUACCUUGAACCUGAGCGAUAAAAAGGGUGCCAUGACGCCGGACGACGAGAUCCACAGUUCGGAGGACGAGGCAGUGGCGUCUGACCUGGACAUGCACGCCUUGAUCCUCGGCGGCCUGCAUCAGGACCAUGAGUGCCCUGUGAAAACUGCUGAUGAGGUUAUCCAAGAAAUAGAUGACAUGAUGCAGGAGACCCCCUCAUCUGAAGGCGACAUCAUCGAAUACAAUGAAGCUCUGGAGAAAGGCAAAGAGGUCCUCAACUCUCCGCUUUAUGAAGACAAACUCCGUCAACUAUCUCUGUCUCAACUCAACGAGAUCUUCCUCGAACUCGAAGUCCUGAUUCGUGAGUUCUCGGAGACGCUGAUCGCGGAGCUAGCGCUGCGCGACGAACUCGAGUACGAAAAAGAGCAGAAGAAUACCUUCAUCUCGCUCUUGCUGGCCGUGCAGAACAAGCGGCGGCAGUACCACAUUGAGAAGAAGAAGCGGCCCGGCCCCCCGCGGUCGCCAAACUUGGGGAGCUCCGAGCCUAAGUACUUGACAACAGUAAUACCAUUCCACUUGGACAACGGGCCUCCAGAUAAUCAGUCUCUACAAGUUCUUAUAAAAAUUCUGAAGGCGAUAAACGAAGACAGUCCGACAGUCCCCACGCUACUAACAGACUACAUCCUCAAAGUCCUGUGUCCAACGUAAAUAUAUUUAAGUCUUAGCUAAUUUACACUACUCGAAUUAAAACAUUUCAACAUUGCACGAUACUUCGCAUCCUCACGAUUUUCGUUAUUUUCAUACAAGAAGAAACUAAAUUUGAAUAGCUCUAUUCACGUUUAAAUUUAGUUUAAGUUAAGCUGUGGCUCCAUGAAACGUUAAAUAUGUUUAAACAGAAAAAGGGGAAACAAAAUUUUCUUCUAUUAAAUAUUUAGGUUUAUAUGUAUAUUCUAUAUCAUCUAUGUAAAUGGCUUAUAAAUUACAGGAAAAAGAUAAAUAGAACCUAAUAGGAAAAUUAUUAAAAUACAGGUGUCAUAAUGGAACGAAAAUAAAAAAAUACGUUAUAUGGAACCAGAGCUUAUUUUAGUGUUCAUCAAAAUAUUCAUGAAUUAAAAAUCACGUUCAUUAUAAUAAAAUAAUUUUAAAGUUGCUUGAAAUUUUAAAAAUUUACUUCAAUAAAGAUGUUGAAAUGUUAAGUCGGCAUUGCCAUAAUUAAUUUUGGUAUAACAAAAAGUAAAUGUUUAUUUAUCUACGUAUUACUUUAUUUGCAUAAAUGAACUGUGAUAUCAUACGGUAGUUGGUUAAUUAAUGCUUCCUUAAGAUUUAUACAUGUUAAUUUUUUUUUAUUAAUUAUAAUUAAUUAAACAUCCAUUUACCUUUAAAAUUUUUAUGGCUUACAAAAGAUUCUUUUUUAUUGUGAUUUGAAUUUUUAGAUCAAUUGUUUCUGGCAGAAUGUGAAUGUGACACUAAUGUAAAUGUUAUUUUAAAAAAUGAACAUAAUUGAAAAUGGAAUUGUUCUUCGAAAUUUAUAUCUAAUAAUAUUAGUUUUAAUACUAAUGGUUUAACAACACUGCCUAUAGAGGCUUGUAAAUAUUUUAUAAUAAUGUAAUAUCCGCUUAUAGAUUUGUAGAAAAUGAUUAUUUUUUGUGAUCAAUAAUUAAUUAUUUUGAACAUCGAAUUUUUUUAAGCCACUCGUGUCAUUGAAUAAAACUAUUUUGUUUGCGAAAAUAAUCGUAAAUACAUAUUUUCUUCAAUGAUUUAAGAAACUUCACUCCUUAUUUUACAUUAUAAUAGAAUAAUCGAAUGUAGUCCCUGAAAUUUCCUGAAUAAAACCAGCUGUAUUCAAUUAUAAUAUAAGAUUAGUUCGAAAUUGACUCUAUUCGUUAGAUUCUGAACUGAAUUAAAAUUGAAUUGUCAAGCCUUCUAAAAUUAUAUAUUUCUAUAACAAAAAAAGUACAAAUCCAAUGUAGAAAUAGACAUUAGAUUUGUAUUUUAAUAUAAAAUUUUUGAAUAAUAAAUAAAAGAUUAAAUUAGGAGUAAAAAUAUAUUUAUUUUAUAUUACUUUCAAGCUUUUAUAAUUAUUUAUCCUAAUCCUUUUAUUUUUAUAGUCAUCAGAGGAAAUCUAACGAAUUGUUUCGAUUGCACUAAUCGUUAUCAAUAGUAAAGUAGAUCACAUUGUGUUUUAUGUUUUCCACUGCCGAAAAUGUAUAAUGAACAAUAGUAUCUUUUUAAUGUCAAAUAGAUAGUGUCUAUUUAACUAUAUUCAGGUAAUAGCGUUUUAAAUGUUAAGUUAUAUAUCUAGUCUCAACAUGUCUUAGUCAUAAUUUGUUAACUUUAUGGAGAAUAAUAAAAAAAAAUUACUCACGACAAAUGCAUUGUAUUGUAAAAUUGUUUGUUGUUCACGAGAACUGUGACUAUUGUUUACAAAUAAUGUGGAUGCUUCUGCACGUAAAGAUAUAGAGAACACAUAUUUGUGCAAAAAUGUAUAAUAAAUAAAUUGGAAUGAAUCGGAGAGGUACCAGACAACCCACUACAUAUCUCACGAUUACUCAAACUAAAUCACCAAAUAUAUAUAAAUUAGGUUGUUGAUGUUUUUCAUAAUUUAAACGAUAUUUCAGUAUUUUUUGUAUACUUUUUAAUUUUACUAUAAUUUAUUUUUUGUUUCUAGGCUCAAUAAAAGUAUGCGAUUUCAUUUACCUAUGUUUAAGAGAAUAAAAAAAAAUAAUAAUAAAUAAAGAAAUAAAAUCGGGUUAUGUGUAGUGGGUUUGAAUCGAGAUGUUUGUUGUCACUUUUGUGUAGAUGUUGUAUAUAUUUUGUGUAAUAAAAGAUAAUUAUGUCGUCAGUGCAUAACGAGCCAAUAGUUAUUAAAUACCGGCGAUCUCUUUAACUAUUGUGUAUGAUAAAUCUACUUGUGUUUUUGCCAAUGGUAAGUAACAUCGUGCAACAAAUAAAGCACGACACAAGGUCAAAAACAUAUUUUAUCAUGAACAUAGCUUGCAAAACUAUCAAUGAAAGUAAUACCUAAAAGUAUAUUUAUAAACUUCUAUAAAUGAUAGUAUAGUGAUCGAGCGAUAUAUUAUCAAGAUACAAUCGUUGUCACGUGCGAACCGCUUAAACGAUUAUGAUAAUUUGUCAUGAUAUGUAUUAGAUCCAAAACAUUGUCUGAAUCUGUGGUGGUUGUGGCAAAGUGUAUAUUUGUGACGAUGCCAUUGUUUGUGGGAGAAUGGUACCUGGUUGAAAUAAAGGAGCUUGAAUGAAA